ACAAAAACCUAUAUUUAUCCAAUUCAAAUACGCAUGGCUGAGCCAGUGGUUAGGUGGAAGGCUCUAGUUGUUAUCGAUACCACGAUUUCUCUUUCCCUUGCUCGUCGAGUUGGCAGCCCAACAUCUGAUUCACUAUUGAUUUUUGUACAAAUAACAAAAGAAACGCAAAUCGUCAGUGUAAAAAAAUCAUAAAACAUCGUCAUGGCGAAACACAGCACGCUGCUGCUCGUGCUGGGCCUGGGCUGUAUAGCCAGCCACGCCAGCGACAUCACGGACAAGGUAUUCGGCACCAAAAAGGAAGGCAUUGUGGCAGCGUUCGGAGACUUUAACUCGGACGAACUGACGGACGUUUUUCUCAUUCGCGAUCAAAUGAAGACGCUGGAGAUUCUCUACGGCCACGAUACGGAGCCCCUGCUCACCAUUGGACCCUACUGCCACUACGCCGAUAAGACCAUUGUGAGCGUCAUUCCCGGGGACUUCGAUGGCGACGCGCUGAUGGAUGUGCUGGUCAACCUAAAGGCUAGCGGAAGCAAUGGCGACACAUACGAUGUGCUCAUCAACUGGGGCAAUACCACCGAGCUCAACUGUUCUAAGGAGACGUUAUUUAGGAGCAGGGGCGAGGUUAUGGCCCUUGACUUCAAUCGCGACAUGAUCAUCGAUCUGUACGGCUUGGACGAAAAUGGAGUACGCACUUUCUGGAUAUUCAGCAGCAGUAGACAGCCGCCCCUGGUCGUGCAUCAGGCGGAGCCUACGGAGAUCAAAGGGAACUCGCUGAGCAUUCCCAAUGCAAACGCCUAUCUGGACCUCAACGAAGACUUCCUGGCCGAUCUGUUCCUGCAGACGCAGGACUCGUACGAGAUCUGGUAUGGGAUCAAUGAGCGCGACACGCAGGAGAACUUCAGCUACGACCACCAGAUUAAGUUUCAGCCAAUCGGUGGCAAUGACUACCACCUCGGUCAGGCCGUUUUCAUGGACUUUGAGUUAAAGGGCGUGCAGAAUAUUGUGGUGCCAUUCUGCAUCCACUCGGGCUGCCGAAACUCAUCGAUAAUGGUGCACGAUGGCACCGAUUUUCGCAAUCUUCACGUCAUCUUCCGCGACCCGCAGGGCGUUACUUGGACGUUUGUGCCGCCCGUGCCGGGCGAUGUCUACCUGAGGACCAUUACGGCGAGAAGUGGCGAUUUUAAUCUAGACGGCUAUCCGGAUCUGCUGGUCACUUUACAGCCCCUGAACGUGGAGAAACCGGUGAUGCAGACGUUCCUGCUAGAGAAUGUGCCCUGCACGUCGUGCAACAAGCCGCUGAAGCGGACAUUCGAGGUACGUUGGAACGCUCUGUCGCCAAUAGGCAACAAUACGGUGGCUGGCGCCUUCUAUGACUUCUACCAGGAUGGAGUUCUCGACGUGAUACUCACGCGGAAGAAUGAGCAUGGUAAAUACCAGCCGCUGGCCUUCCGCAACACCCUGGACUACGACGCCAACUUUGUGAAGGUGAUAGUACUGACGGGGCUGGACAACAAGCAGAAUCCGGAGCGACGCACCGCCUUGGGAAAAAAGCGCACGUAUGGCACAAAUUUGCCGGGACCCCGCAUCACCUACAGCACCACCACCCAGGACGGGGAUCAGCAGUGCGGAAGCAGUGUGCAACUGCCGCAGGCCUCCUACUUCGCCCUGCAGCUACCGUACACAUGCUUUGGUCUGGGGCGAACGCCGAACUUUGUGGACCAGCUGGCCGUUGGCCUGGGCAGCAAGUGGCGGAACUGGACGCAGUUGAUACCAAACUCCCAGAUCAUUGUGGUGCCCAAGCCACUGAAUGAGCCAACGCACUGGAAGGCCCAGCUGUUUGUCACGCCCAGCAAACUCAUCCUGAUGAGUGUCGUGGCACUGGGCGGCACCUGUCUGGUCAUCGUCUUCAUUAUCCUGGUGCUAUACAUCAAGGAGAAACGCGAGGAUAAGCAGGAGCGCUUGCAAGAGUCCCACAGAUUCCAUUUCGAUGCGAUGUAAAGGGGUCGCAAACUAUAAAUAUAAACUAAGUUUAACGUAA